AUGGUCGGGGCAUGGCUGACGUCCGCUAGGCAAUCGUGGCGACCCAACGCAUGGAAGCUCGCCAUCGCGAUUGCACUCUACCACGGCUGGAACCACGCGGUCUUGGUCCACCGCGCGUACACGCUGCUUCGCCGGCGCUUCCCGCAGCACUCGUACCUCCGCGCGCUCUGGUCGUCGUGCAUCUACAUCCUCACAGUGCAGCUCGGCGAGAUGGGCAACGUUGCGUUUGGCGUGAGCCAGCCGCGGCUUGUGCGCCGCACGCUCGUCUCGUCGCUGCGGCUGCGCACCAACGACUUCAAGUACGGUCCGCACGAGCGCCACGCGCUCGACCUCUUUGGCACGACCAAGGACGUAUCGGCAAUCGCGCGGCCCGUCGUCGUCUUCAUCCACGGCGGUGCGUGGGCCAUGACCAACAAGUUCCACUACGCGGCUGUCGGGCAAGAGCUUGCAAAGCAUGGCAUCCUCACGGUCGUCGCCAACUACCGCGUCUUCCCGCAUGGCGACGUCGAAGACAUGCUCGAGGACCUCUCGUCGAUCGUGCAAUGGACGGUCGACAAUAUUGCGUCGUACGGCGGCGACAUUGGCAACAUUACGCUUUCUGGUCACUCGUCUGGGGCACACGUGUCGUCGCUGUUGCUUCUGCAGUCGGCGCGGCGCAUCGCGGCCAAUAUUCCCCAGGAAUUCGAAGCCGCAAAGCACAUCAAGACGUACGUGGGCUUGAGCGGCCCGUACGACAUGGACGACCACUACGCCUUUGAAGCGGGCCGUUCGAUCGGGCCAUUCCGCGGUACAUCCACUUCGCUAGCGGAGAUCCACGCUUUAUUCUCUGCACUGAAAUAG